UGACGCAUCGCGGGGUAUCGCCCUAUUUGUUUCGCAAAAUAAAUCGAAAUAUAACACUUAUCGUGCGUGUAAAUUAAUUUAUUGCUUAUCCAGUUAAUCUACAACCUGUAUCUGAGACUAUCCUUAAAGUUGGAAUGUGUGUGCCGUGUCAGUAAAUUGUGAAACUCAGUUUACGUGUUAUUGAAAAACCGGCUUAAAGAUGUGGAAAGCAUCAACAGAUGUGGCCCCACCAGCAAUGCCUGAAGCCGACGAUUGGGAAACAGAUCCAGAUUUUGUGAAUGAUGUCACUGAACAUGAACAGAGAUGGGGUCCUGGUGGACGGAAUGUGGAGGCUAUUGAUAUGGCAAAACUGCGAGAGGAAGUCUUAGAAGCCGACACACAAUCAAAGAAAAAACAGUAUGAAUCUGGACCUAAAUCUUCAUUCGGAUAUGGCGGCAAGUUUGGCGUCCAAGAGGAUCGCAUGGACAAGUCGGCUGUAGGGCACGACUACGUCGGCAAGACUGAGAAACAUGUCUCCCAGAAAGACUACGCUCAAGGUUUCGGCGGUAAGUACGGCGUGCAAGCAGACCGCAUGGACAAGUCCGCGGUGGGACACGACUACGUGGCGCAGGUCGAGAAGCACGUCUCUCAGACCGACUACGCGCAGGGCUUCGGCGGCAAGUACGGCGUGCAGACUGACCGGGUCGACAAGAGCGCAGCCGGUUGGGAGCAUAAGGAACAGAUAGAGAAGCAUUCCUCGCAGAAGGACUACUCGGUGGGCUUCGGCGGCAAGUUCGGCGUGCAGGCAGACAGGAAGGACGCUUCGGCGGUCGGCUGGGACCAUCGCGAGGACGCGCAGACGCAUCAGUCGCAAAAAGACUACGCCAUUGGUUUCGGCGGAAAGUUCGGCGUACAAACAGACAGACAAGAUGCUUCGGCAGUCGGCUGGGACCACCAGGAGAAGACUCAGGCUCAUGCUAGCCAAGUCGACCAUAAGAAAGGUUUCGGCGGAAAGUUCGGCGUGGAGACAGACCGCGUCGACAAGUCGGCGCAUCGCUUCGAUGAAGUCGAAAAAGUCGGAACCAACUACACCAAGCAGAAACCAGACAUCGGCGGCGCUAAGCCAUCGUCCAUUAGAGCCAAGUUCGAGAAUAUGGCUAAGGAGAAGGAACAGGAAGCGAUGCAAUCUGUACAGAAGAUAAGACAGCAGAGGGAGGCAAUGGACAAAGAUUUGUCACAAAAGGAAAAAGACCGAGAAGCCAAAGAGAAAGCUUCAGAGCCUGCACCUGAGCCAGACCAACCCAAACUCGAACCCGCACCUGUAUCCAAGUCCGUGAAACGUGUCACUGAGGCGGUGUCCCCAGCAGAGGCGGCGCCGGUCCCGGACGCGCCGCAGCUCAGCGUCACUGUCCCUGCGCCUGCGCAGCCGGAAGUUGCUACGCCCACUGACAAACAACCUAACCUACCGGAUGUCACCUUAGUUGGUGAUCCGAAAGAGGAUAAGGAAGAGAUAACUCGUCAGCCAACAAUAGUAGUGUCCCCGGUGGGGUGGGAGAGUGAGAUGGCGGGAGAGGGAGACGUGGAGGCAGACGACGAGGACGGGUACACGGCCAGGGCGCUGUACGACUACCAGGCGGCGGCCUCUGAUGAGAUCUCCUUCGACCCGGAUGAUAUCAUCACCAACAUCGUCAUGAUUGAUGAAGGCUGGUGGCAAGGUCUCUGUAAAGGCGCAUACGGCUUAUUCCCCGCCAACUACGUCCAAUUGCAGGACAAGUAAGACAUUCCGAUAUAAAACAAUCAAUAUAUAUAAAUAUAAUAUGUAAUGUUGUCUGUACAUUGACGAAAGAUAUUUAGCUUUAAUUAUAAUUGAUAUAGUUCAAGUCAUUUGUACGCGCGGCGCUAUGUGUGCGUGCAAAGAAAUAUGUGUAUACACAACGUUACUGCAUUUAUAAAAGGUUACCCACACAUAGAACCGGGCGCAAACAUCAGUUGAUUUGACUAAAAUAACUCUUGCUUUUCCUAUUGUAUUAAACGCACUAAUUAGAUGUGACAAAAUGAUAGGUUAGAAAUCAUGGUUAUAUAAGUCAAACUAGAAAGUCUGGUAUGACCCAAAAUGACCCAAUACAGAUUGUGCCCGUUGGGUCAUUAAAUAAAGCGCUUUAUUAGUAUUUGUAAUAAACUUGUAUAUUGGACUUGAUGUGCCAAUAUGACUUUUUGAACCACUUGCCUUUACUAAUGUACCUGCUGGGUCAUUUAAAUAAUAAUAAAAAUGAUUUAUCAAUAUAAUAAUACAGGUUCUUUGUUUCCAAAGAGUGAUUUGGAUCAAAAAUUAAAGAAUUACGUUGAUCAUCCUACCAAUAACAACUGUAUACAGAUAAAAUUAAUGAAAUAGGACAGUUUUUAGAGGCUAAUUGAGUGAACUUGAAAGUAACUUAACUUUGAGACGAACUCAAAUCUUUCGUCGUAACGUAACGUAAUACCUUAAAGUGAAUAAUACAUGACAAUUAACGCCGUCUUAAAAUUGAGUAUUUCUAAUAUUAAUAACUAUACUUGAGCCGUUAUUAGUGUGCAAAGUGAAUCUUAAAUAAUUAAGAUUCUCUUAAUUAUCAAAUUGGUUAUAUACUUUUGACUUAUUUAUAACGACCUCUAUACCCAAGCGUCGAUCGCGUACUCACAUGACUUAACCAUGACAAUCGGCGCAAGCGCUUGGGCAAAUGUAAGUGUAAGUGCGAACGAGAGGUCCGAUUUUAUUUUAAUGAUUCUGCUCGCUUCUAAUGGCUCUAGUGUAGUUUUUCUAACUAAACGUGUCGCCUAUAAGGAUUUUAUAUCGUGGACAGAAGCUGGUUAGAGAAAGAUAGAUGAUCAUCAUGUUAGAUACACUGUAUUAUGAAACUCUUAAUUUUGAUAAAUGAGUAAUAUUAAUGGUAUGACGUUUCGAUAAUAUUGACAGUUAUUGAAUGAUGCCAGACUAAAUAUUUCCAAGCACGUAUAUUAUAAAGUCAGUAAUUUCUAUCUAUUGACCGGCAAUCAAAUUAAAUAAAACUAGAUUUUUUGUUUAAUCGUGAAAUUUCAAUAAUUGGCAAUACUAUCUUGUAGAAAUAGUUCAAGCUUAUUUACACUAGCAACAUAAAACAUUUUGUCCUAUAACAGUUACAAAUGAAUUAGAACUAGAUUUUAGUCAUGGCAAAAUUCUAGUAACGUUAAAUUAGCAUUAUAUAUAGGAAAGGACAAAAUGUUUAAAUUUAAAUGUUUCGAAGCUUAUUAUAAAGGUCUUUCGUACGCGAAGCAAUGGAAAUCUAAGUAAGAAGAGUAGCAGACUUAUGACGUCAUACUUCCACAUUCGAGAAUAUCAAUAGAUAGUAUAAUAACAUUCAUUCCCAUUCCUGAGGGCAAAAGUACUGAUGUGCAGAGAAAGGGGAAUAACUAAUCACAUUCAUGUCGUUCAUAAAUCAUGAACAAGUUCGAAAUCCUACCUUCUUGGUUGAUUCUCGAGAAGCUGUGCCCAUAACCUUCUUUGAGGGCUAGAUCCGCGCCUGAAAUGAGUUGGUGUAACAUUCGUCGCAAAUCGUCUCGUAUCGGAGAUUUUCGUUGCCUCUAGUACGGUAGACCUUAGGUUAUGUAAAGUACUUAUGACAUGAUAACAUUAAACCUCAUUGUAUUGGUAUAAGGCGGAUUUGAGUAACGUAGUCGGCUAAAGCUAGCUUAGAGAAGAAAGGUGUGUGCUAAAUGAUGCGUAGUUUAUAAUGUUAAGGGCAAUGGGAGGAAAAUAAUUACAAGACAAACUUAAAUAUAUUUGCAUAAAAAAGUAAUGACGCCGUAAUGUCAUUACGUAACGUUCAAUAGCAAAACUCCAGCAAAACUUGCACAAUAAUUGAUGUUGAAUAGCAAUUCGUGUAACAUGCCC